CGGGGUAGUGUUUUGGAUGGCGUCCGGCGGCCACGCAUGGCCUCCUUCAUCCUCAGAUUUACGCAACAAGCUCAGCUUCCUGCCUGUCCCUUAUCUUACUGUAAGCACACAUCUCCACUGAACCAUUUGAAGACGUGCUCCUCAUAUUCCCCUUCGGUCAAACUCGCGCUUGAAGAAACAUACCAAGAAAUUCCAAGUGGUAGCGUCAAUCACAGCGAAAAUCGUUCUGGGUUUUCGUCUUUCAGUCCUAAUGUCAUCAAAGUUGGAAGAAAGCAUCCAACAAAUAGUCACGCGGAAGCAAAUAUUGAGAAUAGGGUCACUAUAAAAGAAAGGAGCGAUUCAAGUCCAAUAAAGAGAAAAGCAGAGAGCUCUGCCUUUCCUUGUGCGAAAUCCAACAAUGGUUCUUCUGGGGGAAAUGACGAGAAAUGUAAGGAGACGAAGAUGGAGAAAAAGGGAAAUAGACCCAGGAAGCGUAAACUACACUCGCGGGAAGCUAUGUUGAGAGUAGGGUUAGGAAUGUGCUCAAAGAGAGGGGACGUGUUGAGUGCAAUUAGGCUGUAUGAGAUGGCAAGAAAGGAAGGAGUGAAAUUGGAUCAGUAUCACUAUUCUGUGCUGUUGUAUAUUUGUUCUUCUGCAGCAGCAGCACCAGCAGCUACAGAUAUUCUGCUGUCUGCAAAAAGUGGGAGUGAAGGCGGUUUUGAAGCUACAAGUGCAUCUUCUUCUCAUAUGGAAAAUAGCAAACCUGAUAAUGGCGCAUUGGUAUCAUUAGAUAAAACUAUGGAGAAUGAAUUUAGCCUUUAUGGGUUUCCUUCAAAAGUAAUAGACAACAAUUCUGCUGCUGCUACUUUAGAUGAAUUGGUUCAGUUGAUAAUUACCAGUGCCGAUACUUUUGAGGAAAAAGAUGAAAGGGCUCAUAAGGAAGGGUAUAUAGUUCAAGUAAGCCCAGAUGUGAAAAGCUUUGCACUUGACAAGGGUUUUGAAAUCUUUGAAUUGUCACAAUCUGAAAAGGUUCCAAUGAAUGAGGCAAUAUUCACUUCUGCCGCUAGACUGUCAAUGUCUUUGUGUGACGGCGACAUGGCAUUCAGUCUGGUGAAGCGAAUGAAGGAAUUCAGGAUUAACCCAAGACUGCGUUCCUACGGUCCAGCUCUUCAUUGUUUCUGCAACAACGGAGAUGUUGAGAAAGCAUUCAUGGUGGAAGCACAUAUGUUGGAGAAUGGGGUUUGCCCAGAGGAGCCUGAAUUAGAAGCACUGUUGAAAGCAAGUGUCGAAGCUGAAAGGAGUGAUAAGGUUUACUAUGUGUUGCACAAACUUAGGACGAACGCUCGGCAGGUUUCUCCUUCCACCGCACAUGUGAUUGAGAAGUGGUUUCAUAGCAAAUGUUCUUCAAGAGUGGGAAAAAGAAAAUGGAAUCAAGAUCUAGUUCGGCAGGCAAUUGAAAAUGGAGGUGGAGGGUGGCAUGGAAUGGGCUGGUUGGGAAAUGGGAAAUGGACCGUGUCUCGUACUUCUGUCCGGUCUGAUGGGAUAUGUAAAUGUUGUGGUGAACAGUUGGCAACCAUUGAUCUGGAUCCCAAAGAAACUGAGAAUUUUGCCCAAUCUGUUGCUUCUAUUGCUGCACAGAGAGAAAAGAAGUCAAAUUUCCAGAAAUUUCAAAAAUGGCUUGACGACUAUGGACCUUUUGAAGCAGUUAUAGAUGGAGCAAAUGUUGGACUUUUGAACCAAAGAAACUUUAAACCGUCCAAGGUCAAUGUCGUUGCAAAUGGAAUUCGACAGAUGUUUCCUUCUAAAAAGUGGCCUCUUAUUAUCUUGCAUAAUAGAAGAGUUAAUGGAGAUAAGUUGCAUAAACCAUUUGAAAAGGCACUUAUAGAGAAGUGGAGAACAGCUGAUGCACUCUAUGAAACACCUACUGGUUCAAAUGAUGAUUGGUAAGAACUGGGAACCUUUUCCAUACUCCAUCUGCUAAAAAAACAUCUACUUACACAAAGGUACUGGUUAUAUGCAGCUAUAAAGUUCAAAUGUUUAAUUGUGACAAAUGAUGAAAUGAGAGAUCAUUUGUUUCAAUUACUUGGAAAUGACUUUUUUCCCAAGUGGAAAGAGCGACAUCAGGUGCAUCUCAGUUUCUCUGAAAAAGGCCCACUAUUCCAAAUGCCCCCCCCAUGUUCCAUUGUUAUCCAGGAGUCAGAAAAAGGUCACUGGCACAUUCCAAUUGUGUUAGAACUUGGAUAUGAAGAGGAAAGAACCUGGUUAUGUGUUACACGAACUAGCGCACUUGAAGCAAGAAAACAUUCUCAUAUUCUAUCCAGAGAAUCUGAUGUUCGUAGCCGUGAGGAAAAAGAUGUGGUGAAUUCAAGUACUCAUAAGAAAACUCAAGCAGGAGUGACACGAACGGAGUGUGGAGAAAACGACAUUAAUCAAGAAGAAGAAGAGUCUUACUUAAAACUACAAAGUGUUCUUCGAACAUCAGUAUCUCCUCGGAAGCAUCACAGCAAGAUUCUUCAGGAACUUUAUACUGCAGAGAUGCUUGGCAAUUGCACAGUUGAUUUCCAAAUAUAAGGGCGAGGAAUUUAGUGUCAGGUUUUGUUUGGUGGUUGAGUUGAGAAGAAAAUGUGAGCAACGCCUUUCAGUUUUGAAUUGAACUCGCGGUGGGUGAUCACAUGCUUUAUUCUUCAUUUUGUGCUCUACUCAUCGAGUCACAUAGAUUCUUGGUUUUAUCAGUAAACUAAACUUUAUUUGGGACGGGACUCGGGAGUGUUAUAAUAAAUAGAGUAAUAGACUCGAGCAAGUGAAGAAUAGAAGAAAACAUUGGUAUUACUAUUAAAAGUUGUGAAGAGUUUACAACCAUUUCUCC